AACAAUCCAAGAUGGAGUAUCUUCCGGAAGAAGUGUUGCUUUUGAUAUUUCAAAACAUUGAACCAUUGGAGCUUAUUUCUUUGUCAAGAGUGAACCGCUGCUGGCGUAAACUUGCAAUAAUCCCUCAACUUCACAGGUUAUUUAACGCUAACGAAGUAGCUCGAGAGGACCAAAACUCCUCAUGAUUAAUAAAUUAACUUUUACUUCUAUUACAGCAGUAAGUUCAAUUUUGUGCGCAUCUUUUGUUUUCAGGUGCGUCAACUUUCAUGGGAAGCAACAUCUAUCCUCCGGUUUCAUCUGCAACUACAUCAGCAAAUUUAAACACUCACUACAAGAGCUGAAUCUACAAGAAUGCUAUUGGAUUAAAGGAGCUCUUCUUUCCAGUACACUGCAAAAGUGCCGAAAAUUAACAUCUCUCAACUUACUUGGUUGUAGUGUUACCAAAAAAACACUUUGUUCUCUUCUAAAACUCAAUGCUAACCUUAAAACGCUUGCAUGGUCUAUGAAUGAAAAGGAUUUACCCAUAGGCUCUCAUUUGGAGGGAUAUACCUUAGGGGUAUUCCAUGGUUUAUUGCUCUCUUUCUGCAGUGGACUUUCAGAAGCUUUUAAAGGUUUGGAUAGUCUGACAAUCCGGCUUCCAAACAUUUAUGUGACCGCCCUCAUUGUGAAUCAGGGAAUUCCGAUUAUUUGCAGUGAACUUCAUUUGAAGGCAUUUACCUUGCAGUGGAUUGAUGCAUCAGGUAGCUACAGGUCCCAUUGUCCUAAACUUUCCAUUGAAGGAAGUGAAAUCCAGUUUUGCAGGAGAGAGACAGAAAUUGAUUUUGCAGGUCUCAGUGUUAUUGGAGAAGCAAGGAAGUCAAUCAAUCAUGGGUUGGAAAGUGGAACUCUCCAAACAUUUAUUGUACCCUCCAGUUUUCAAUUUCUUGACAGAAACCGUGAUAUUUGUGAAAAAUUUAUGAAAACUGCGGGAAAUAGGUCAUCUAUUGUCAACUUGAAGUUGGGGGCCUUGGCUUUAAACGAAUAUGAUGUAGAUUGUCUGAUGACAAUUCUUAGUAUGCAGUGGCAGGCACUGGUGUAUUUGAAUCUUUCUGGUUUUGUCAUUUCUGGCCAUUUUCUUCAAGUCAUUGCAACUUCUUCACCAAACUUGGAGAUUCUCAACUUACAAAAUUGCUCAGAUUGCUUCACACCAGUGAGUCUGUUUUCUCUUUAACCCUUUAACUCCCAGAAGUGAUUAAAAUGUAACCUCUUCCUAUAAUAUUAAUACAUUAUCUAGCAAACAGGUAAAGGGAAUACUCAAACUUAUCAGGUAGAAGUUUAUAUCUUAAUCUAACAGCCAAUUCUUCCAACUAAUUUACAAGGAGAUGUGUAGCAGCCAAAAGGGAGAGUUAACAAUUAUAUCUUGGUAGUUAAAGGAUUUAAUUUAACUCUCAAGAUCUGAUUGUUUAUCUCCCCUCUAGCUGUUACACAUUUCCUUGUAUGAAAGGAUAUGAGAAUUUGGUGUGAGAUCAAGAUAAUAACUUCUACCCAACAAGUUUAUUAGUACUCUCAUUACUUAUUUGCUAAUAAUGUAUGAAUUUUGUAUGAAGAAAUAACAUGUUAAUCACUUCUAGGAGUUCAGGGAAAAAUUUGAUUUUCUUAAUCAUUAAACUCUAAUCAUAGAUACAUUUUUGAGGAAGUAAGGUGUUAAUGCUGCUUCUAUUGUCAUUUUUUGACAAAUUGAUAUAUUUUCAUUGAAGAUUCAAGGACUGGAAUCACUGGCUUUAUUGUGCCCAAAAAUGGCUGAGUUGAACCUCAAUGGAGUACAUUAUGAUCAAACAUCCCAGGAAGAAUCAAACAGUUGCAUCAAAGUCAUCUCAAAAUUCACCCAUCUGGUUUCUCUCAGCCUCUGCACAUGUGUGACACAUCAAGUCUCAAGUGAUGACACAGAAGGUGCAAAGACUAGUUCUAAAGGAAGUAUACUCAAGGCAAACAGAAGAGUGUGUCAUGGACAGAAUCUUAAAAACUCUCAGUCAAGCACUGACCCAGCCACCAAAUUGCAGAACCAUUUUGUUUUUCUUACCCAAGAAUGCACUGGAAUGACAGACUUUGAACUUUGGUUUCCCUCACGUCAUGACAGAGAGCUUAGCUACCGUCCAACCUUGUACCAGUAAGUUACUUUUUAUUUCAGAAUCACACUAACACAUGGUUAGAAAAUGGAAAAGGCAUACUUUGUGAGCACAAUGUACAGAGCUCUUGACUCAAUUGUUUUCAUAUUUACUCUUUGGCAUUCCAAACAUGAGCACCAUUUCUUUUCCUAUGAUUAUGCCUGUAAGGCAAACCCUGUCAGCUUGUUUAGUGAUGGCAGACUUUUGAUAACAUUAAUCCUUACUAUUACAAUUUUUUCACCAUCCAGACCAACAUGUGAUGCAAGAAGGGGUACAUUUGACAGUCUCCUACCAAUUGCUAAUUGGAAACACCUGCAAAGGCUUACUCUUUCAGGUUUGUUCCUCAGAUAUGACUCAAACUAGGUGUAGCUCCUUAACUCCCAGGACUGAUUAACAUACUAAUCAGUUCUGGUGUUUGCAAAUUUUGAGGUUGAUAUCAUCAGUGAUAAAAAGCAAAUCGACAGUGGCAUAGUGUGGUCUGCACUCUUACUGACCAUGAUGUUUGUAAUCGCAGUGGUCAAAAUGUUGCAGACUAACUUGGCUGUGCCUUGUGAGACCAUGAUAUUUUGACUAUUGUGAUGAUGAACAUUGUUGUCCAUAAGAGCACAGACCACACCUAGCCACUGUGGAUUUGUUUUUUACCAGAAUAUCAUCUUCAAAAUGUCUAAGUCAUCCAUGUUUGAGAGCUGAUAAAGGCAUUGCAUGACACAUUGAUGUGAGCAGGGUUCUCUGCGCUUUCAUCAACAAUGGCAAACUGGCCAAUCAGAUAGCACCAUUACUGCCAAUUGUGAUAAAAUAGAUAUUUUUCCAUUCACAAACUUGGAAAAAAAUGAUAAUUGUUAAUAGUAUAUUCCCAUGAAGUGAUCGAGAACUAAUUUGUUUUUUAGCUCAAUUUAUGCAUGUAAAGGCCACUGGUACAUGAAGUGCCAAAUAGUAAAUGCAUGAAAGUUUAGGACUUAACAUUUACAGAGCUUUCAACUUUAUUUCAAUCUUAACCCAAAAUUUAUACUGUCUAAAAGCCUGGUUGUAAAGUUAUUUGAAAAGGAUUUGUCAAAAAUCUACAUUAAAACCAUGCUUAGAAAACAUUAGGACAGCACUAGGUUCUAAAUCAUGUUAAAGUAGGUACAUAAUCAUGUGAAAUAUCUAAUGUGGUGUCUUUAGUAGACAUCCUGAGGAUAAUUUUAUUUCCAAAUUUUCAAAUGUAAUAUCACAAGUAAGCAAAUCCUAAAUUAAAGUGUAACCUAAUCAUUUAAGAUUUUCAGUUAAUAAUACUAUGAUUUCAAUUGCUACUUUUUAGUGCCAUAUACAAAAGGAAGUUUGAAAUUCUUAGUUACCAUCACACAGAACUGCAGUAAUCUUCAAUUUCUAUCCCUUGCAAACCUUGAGAAUCUCAGCCAUUCAGGGAAUGUAGCACUUCUGCAACAGGCACUUUCUUGUUGUCAUCAACUUCGAGAUUUCAGGUGAACUCUUAUGUAAAAGUUUUAUCACCAACAGGGAAAUGUAUCUAUUGAAACACUUCUAUUCAAGGAAGGAGCAUAAGGUCAUUGGGAGAUACACAAGCAUAAAUUAACAUGUUUUGUCCAACUCUUGCCAGAUUGCCUGACAAAACAAGGGGAUUUCCAGGCAAGCCAUUUUAGGGGUUCAGGUUUUCAGUCCCUCGUUCCUGUUUUGGGGGCAAGGGGCACUAACUCCUAUUUAACCCUGUACAGCCUAAAAUCAAUAUGCACAUUCUCUAUACUGUUCUCUUUACAUUUGCUAACGUGCAGACAAGGAGAAUUCAUUAAAUAAUCAAGAGCUUCUUCAUGUGGUGAUCAUUUCCUUUAUUCUCAUGACCUUAAUGGCUUAGCAGUGUUUAGAAUUUCAUGCUGAUAAUAGUUGGAAAUCUUAUUUUGUUUCCCAGAUUUCAACAGAAAGCAUUUAGGAUCAAUGAGUCAUUCUUACUGUCACUUGGAGAAUUAAAACAUCUUCAACGAGUGUGCAUUAUUGCUAAAGGAGGCCCUUUGACAGUAGCUCCUCAAACAGUCAUCUCAUUGUUUGAAAAGGUGAAUCAAAACAAUGAAAUUUUAGUUUAGUAGACUGACUCAACUUUUGCAAAGCUAGUUAUCAUGAAAGGCUUCUGUACAUUAAUAGAAGCUAACACAGUAGCAAUUAAUAGAUAUUGACACAAAUAAUUAAAAAGGUUAGUGUUGUUUAUUUCUUGCAGUGCCAGAAACUGUAUUAUUUUCAUUUAUUCUGUGAUAUGUCAAGAAAAGCCAGUAAAAUCAUUAUGGAUUCUGUAAAGAAAAGGCAAGUUAAUUUAUUGGGAAUGUGUUUUUGAAUGUUGCGCCCAUGUUAAAGGUGACCAAUGGUUUGAUGCAUAUCGGUAGUGCAUAGUAAUAAUGAUAAGAAAUUGUUCAACUUUGUGACCUACUGGUAACUUUGCUGACAUCCGUGGUCAGUACCUCGCCAACAUCCACAUUCAUUUAGCUGACAUACCCGGUCAACCCUCUUUUGUUAAGUUUUAGGCUUAAUUAAGGUGGUGUCUGAGAGUUAACUGAAGGUACAUCUGCAAGUUGACUAAUAGUGUUGGCAAAUUGGUUGUUACGAGUUGAUAUGUCAGCGAAGUGACCAGUAACCGUAAUAGAGAAAGUGUAGAGUGCCUAAGGUAUCUUUCCCCAUCAAAUUUUUUAUGCAUUUGUUACAAAUAAAAUAAUGAUGUUUAAAAUACACGGCAUGAUUUUUUUUUCUGCAGAUUUUCAGAUACACGCCCGGCGCUGAUCGUGGGUUUAGUUCCUUUUUACCCGACAGACCUGCACUUCAAGCUGUUAAAUGAGAGCACUUCUAUUCCCUUUUUGCAUAUCAGUGAAAUGUUACUCGCCGAAUCGUCAGUUGCAAGCAGUUUUAAAAAAGAGACAAACAUAAAAUUAUUGAACAAAAUUCUCUUGUUUAGAUCAUUAGUCGCUGAUCUUGAAAGCUGAGAGAACAGCUAUGAUGAAAUAACAGCGUUUCGGCGAGUUGUAUAAUCAAGGAAAUAGCAAUCUCCUUGUUGAGUUAAAGCACUGUGGAAAAAUAAAGGAUCA